GCCCAGAUCGCCGCCUAUCCUGCUAGCGCAGCCGCUGUCUCGUCUGUCCACGGACGAAGCAUGGGCGUCCAGGGCUUCCAAGAGUUCCUGGAAAAGCGGUGCCCCGGGGCCGUGGUGCCCGUGGACCUCCUCAAACUCGCGCGCACAGUGUCGCGCCAGCAGCAGCAGCACCAGCAUCGCCAACUGCCACCUACAGCUGCCCUAGCACCCGGAACUCCACGCGCCAUCAGGGGCUCUGCGCCUGUGCAGACGCCGCUCCCGCCUGCUGCCUUGGGUGCCUACUCAGGGGGCGCGGGACCGACUCGGCACCAUCAUCCCGCGCACCACUUCUACCACCACAGCCAGGCGCGCUCCGGGCUGCACCCGCCGCCGCUCCCGCUGCCCCCCACUCCUCUGCCCGGGGCCCGGGUGCUGGUGGACGCGGGCUCGGCCCUGCCGCGGCUUUAUGGCGGCUACCAGACGGAUUGGGUGUGUGGCGGCCAGUGGAACGCUAUGCUGGGCUACUUGUCAGCGCUGUGCCAGGCUUGUGCCUAUCCCGGCGGCGACGGCCUGGAAUUGGUGGUCAUGUUCCCCGGUGGCCUGGGUAAGGACCGGCUGGCGGAAUGGGGCCGUCGGUGCCAGGCCGAGCGGCAGACAGCGCAACUGAUCGUGGGACACGUGGGCAACAAGGGCACCCCUCCUCCACGGGCCUGGUUCCUGCCACCGGCCUGCCUGAGCCACUGCGUGAGGCUAGCACUCAUCCGCUUCCGGGUCAAGGUCUUUCAGAGCCUUGAAGACCACCAUUUGGAAGUGGUAGCUUUUUUCAGGGAAAAUGGCUUUCAUGGCCUUCUUGCCCAUGACUCUGAGUAUGCUCUCUACAAUAUUCCCUCUUACUACAGUUCUCAUGCCUUGAAGCUGAGCUGGAAUGGAAAGAACCUCACUACCAACCAAUUCCUUAUGCAGGAAGUGGCCAAGCAGCUGGGUCUGAAACGGAUAAACUUUCCCAUAUUUGCCGCACUGCUAGGUAACCACAUUCUCCCAGAUGAGGACCUGGCUGCUUUUCACUGGAGCCUCUUGGGACCAGAACACCCCCUUGCAUCGCUUAAGGUGCGAGCUCAUCAGCUGGUUCUUCCUCCCUGUGAUGUUGUGAUCAAGGCAGUUUCUGAAUAUGUUAGUUCCAUCAAAGACCCCUCAAACCUGGAUGUGGUUGGGAAGGAUGUUUUCAAACAGUCUCAGUCCAGGACAGAAGAUAAAAUAGAACGAUUCAAGAAAGCAGUUGAAUACUAUUCGGUCACAACCAAACUCUCUCCACUGCCAGUGGGUCCCUCCUCCUUUCUAGGUUUUCGAAAUAAUCGACUUGGAAAUCAUCCCCUUCCACGAAAUCAAAUGGGCUCUAUCACUGCUGGAAAACCAAUGUUUUCUCACCAUAUGCCCCAGAAAAUGAAAUAUCCACCAUCAUUCCCAAUGGGACCCAACUCUUCUCUUCUCUUCUCCCCACAAGUUUUGGGGGAAUCACAUACAUUUUCUGAGAAUCCCAUGCUACAGGAUAGCCACUUUACCAAUUGGGCUGUCUCUUAUGACUCCUCUGCAUCCCAGUUUCCCAGUUAUCUGACUUCUAAAGCCUCACUUCCUUUGGCACCAGACUCUUCCCACUCCUCUUCUUCUGAUGGUGAUGAGCCAAAUGGAGCCAGCUCUGACCACCUCACAGAAAAACUUCAGCAGCAGCCUGGAUGGGAGGAUCCAAAUGGUGAUAGAGGAUCCUGGGUACAUCCCAUUGAUGCUGGAGUUUCAGAUGUCAGCCUGGGUGAUGGUGAACCCCAUAUCCCAUCUCUGCUGUCUAUGUCUACAAGGAACCACAUGGACGUCACCAUUCCACCUUUACCUCCAGUAGCACCAGAAGUCUUACGGGUUGCUGAACAUAGACACCGAAGGGGUCUUAUGUACCCCUAUAUCUACCAUGUCCUCACUAAGGGUGAGAUUAAGAUCCCUGUAUGUAUUGAGGAUGAGUGUAACAUGGAGCUGCCUCCAGCUGCUCUCCUAUUCCGGUCAGCUCGUCAGUAUGUGUAUGGAGUCCUUUUCAGUCUGGCAGAAACACAGCGGAAAAUAGAACGCCUGGCCAUACGGCAGCGACUGCCUAUGGAAGUUCCUUCAGUGAUCCUGAAAGAGUGGUCUGCCUAUAAAGGAAAGUCACCUCAGACCCCUGAGCUGGUAUCUGCACUGACAUUUCGGGAAUGGACUUGUCCGAACCUCAAGAAGCUUUGGCUUGGCAAAGCAGUUGAGGACAAGAACAGAAGGAUGCGGGCCUUCCUGGCCUGUAUGAAGUCAGACACACCCAGUAUGCUCAAUCCAGCUAAUGUCCCCACCCAUCUGCUGCUCAUGUGCUGUGUACUUCGGUACAUGAUUCAGUGGCCAGGCGGUCGCAUCUUGCACCGCCAUGAGCUAGACACUUUCCUUGCACAGGCAGUAUCUACCCAGCUUUAUGAACCUGAUCAACUUCAAGAACUCAAGAUUGAGAAACUGGAUGCCCGAGGGAUCCAACUUGCUGCCCUUUUCAUGAGUGGGGUCGAUACAGCUCUAUUUGCUAAUGAUGCCUGUGGCCAGCCAGUCCCGUGGGAACACUGCUGUCCCUGGAUUUACUUCGAUGGCAAACUGUUCCAGAGCAAGCUAAUUAAAGCAGGCCAAGAGCAAGUAUCCCUGAUUGAGCUCUGUGAUGGCCAGGCUGACUUGGCAACCAAAGUGGAAAAGAUGAGACAGAGUAUCCUUGAAGGAGUCAACAUAAACCCUCCACCACCUUCUACUCUACUUCCAUCACCUACUUUUGUGCCUCCCAUGGUGCCCUCCCUCUACCCUGUCUCACUUUAUUCCAGAGCCAUGGGCUCAUUACCACCUCCCCCUCAUGGAAGGAGCCGGGGGCUUGCAGGUUUCCACCCAAUCCCACCCCAAGGAGGAAAGCUGGAGAUUGCUGGAAUGGUUGUAGGCCAGUGGGCUGGCAGCAGAUCUUCCAGGGGCCGAGGAUCCUUUGGCAUGCAAGUGGUUUCUGUCGGUGGGCCAGGAAAGGGGCAUGGAAAAGAACAGACUGGUAGAGGAUCCAAAGGACAUAAGAAAGGAAAUAAACAAGGUAUUUCAGAUGGAGUUUCUAAAUCCCUGGAGCCUCAUCAAGGCUGGUCCUGCUCACAGGUAAAUGGAAACAAUGGCACAUUGAUCAAGGAAGAGAAGAGUGAUCACCAUCUUCCAGCUUCAUCACAGUGUGCCUUAUCCAGAGACAACAACAUAUGUAAUAAUGGUAACCGCUACUUCCCAAUGAAGAAUGGGGAAAAGAGCCGCUUACAAGAGCAAAAGAUAGGAACAGUGGCACAACAGAAAGAGGAAUAACGAGCAGAAGAUGGCUUCAAUACAUCAGGAAGAAAGGAAAACCUAUACUUUUCUGAUUCUAGGCCCAAGUUAGAGGACAAAAAUGCUUACCCAAGAUUUAUCCAAUGGGAUAUUCCAUUGUAUCUUUCUUUUACCCUUCCUUGUCUUUUUCUGGGCCUCUAGACUUAGAGGUUUGCUUCUAGGGAAGCACUGGUCAAAGAUGAAUGGCAACAGGACUAGCUCCUAUUCUUAAAUUGAAUAUAUAUUGCCAAUAUUCUCUUUACCUCCCCUGGAAGUCUAGUAAGGCAGUGACUGUUAGAAAUAGGGUGUCAUCACAUAGGGCCCUAUAGAAAGUUCUAGAUUGGUUUUCUGAGUCUUUCUCAUGAUAUUCAUUUAUAAAACCCUUGGGAUGGUGGGAACAACUGUUUAUAGCUGCUGACUUCUUUUUUCUCAUGAAAUGGUAGAGUCUUGACAUAUAGUCAUUAUCCACCACCUUUUCACUUUUUCUUCCAACUCACCUACCCCAGGAUUUUGUAUCACCACCUCUAGCUCUGGCCUGACAAUCAGAUAGGUAGAUGUUUUCAGAGAAGUGAGGUAGUGUUGGUUAUUUUUAUUUUUUAUUUUAUUUUAUAUACUUAAAAAACACACACACAUAAAAACUACCAAUGGCCUUUGUAUUGGGGGAUUCAAGUGAGUCGGAAAAGUACUGGGCAGAUUUUCCUGCCUCUAAACUAAAGCAUGUUUGUGAAAUAGAAGAUGUGGUGCAGUCCACCCACUCCCUGCUCCCCACACUAUGGGUUGGAAUCAAAGGGUGGGAAUCAAUGUAAUGAGACUGAGUAUGAAAGGAAACUCAAAAGACUCGGGUGUGUGUGUGUGUGUGUGUGUGUGUGUGUGUGUGUAUGACUGUGUGGAUGGAUAUGUAUGGAAAAGUGUGUAUCUAUAUGCUUAUGCAUACCCUUUAUAUAGAGACAGAUCUAUUUAUCUAUACAUAUUUUAUAUAUAUAAAUAUAUGUGUGUGUGUAUACAUACAUACAUGCAUACAUACAUGCUGAUUUCCCAGAGGAUUUACUGAGUUUCCUAGAAAAGCUUCCACUGCUAUGGAGUGGUAGGUUUCAAAUGACCACACUUGAAGAUUCUUACUAAGUCACAGCUCAUCACAAUUAUGAGAAGAUGGGCUUUUCUAAAGCAGACAAAUAGUACUUUCCAGAGAUUGCCUAUUCAGAACAACAGUUGUGUUGUCACAAGCUUAAUCUUGAACAGACCCUAAUAUCCCAACUGGUAAAAACAGGUUGGAGGUUGGAAUGGGAUUGGAGAGAAUUGGGCAUUUCCUUAUGAAGGAGCAGCCUGGUUUGAAGAAAGAAAGGAACUGGCAGGUGAUAACCAGGGCUUACAGCCAAUUUGGAAAAAAUUUCAUCUAAACUCCAGGAUCAAACUGGCCUCAGGCUAGAACUGAUUGCCAUAAAUCCCAGAAGAAGAGAGGACUAGCAUUGGUGUAGGGAAGUGUGAGGAAAUCAACAAUUUGAUUUUACAUUCCUAGAUUGUUUUCAUUUGUUCAUUGACAUUUUGUCUACUGGAUCUUUUCAUUUGCUUUGCAAGGAAGACUUCAGAGGACUCUGGCCCAGGCCUUUGAGGGUAUUCUGUAAAUGGGUCCAAGUCCUCACUGAGGCCAGAAUCUGCCCAGGACAAAAAUGCUGUUAUUACUUACUGGAGAUACACUUAAAACAACCUUGCAUUUCUAGUUUCCCUCUUCAGCACCUUAAGUAUGAGGGUUGGGAACAUGUCUUACAACAGAUUAGCAUUGUGUCUUAACUCAGAAUUGAGGCUUCCAGUCUCACAUACCUAACUUUGGGCUUUGUGAUAUUCUUGCUCAAGGAGUGUCAUUUCUAAAGGAAUACAACUGACUCGACUACUAGUGGGGUUUUCUCUUCUUUUGAAAAACCCAUGCAUCUUAACCCACAGCAGGUCCUUGGUGAUUUUUUUUCCCAGACAACCAGAAGGCUGUUUUCUCACUUACACUAAUUAUAUCAUGAAAGACCAAAAACAGUCUCAAGCUGUUUAAUCCUUUUCUGAUCAAGUUUAAGUUGACCCACAAUUUGCAAGCGGAGGGAGCCCUAGAAUGCCCCUCCCCUGCCCAGACACUUCUUUUAUACACCAAAGCAGUAUAACAAGAGUGCAUACCUCACCAGAUAAAACCAGGAACAGAGUGUAUUGAAAACCUCCUCUUUGGAAUCGGCUCCCCUAAUUUUGGCCCCCUUCUUGGACCUUCCCACCUUUCACAACAUCUUAAAGGUUAGGACUUCUAUAUCCAGCCAGAGAUUUAGUAGUGAACUUAGAUUGCUUGGAAAUUUCUUUCUGGAGUCAGAGGGAGGAAUCCUUUGGAGCUCUAAGAGUAGCCAGAAUCACUGAGCUGUGUUAAAGUAAAUAUAUAUGUAUAUGUGUGUAUAAACACACACGUGUGUGUGUAUGUGCAUGCGUGCGUGCAUGCAUGUGUGUGUGUGUGUGUGUGUGUGUGUGUAGUCUCCAUUUUCUGACAGGAAGUAUUUGGACUUCUAUGGAAAGUUAUUUUCUUUAGUUGCUAUUUCUGUGCAUCUUGAAUCUCUGACACAAUUAAAUGACGGUAUUGUUAACUCUUGCAGCAUUAAGAUUUCUUAUUUUGUAGGCAUUCACUGUGAGAAGUAAAUUGCUGCUUUGACAGGAAUGUUUCCAGUUUGCCAAAAGGCUUGCUUUUCUCAAACACAUCUUCACUCUCCUAGCUUGGCCCAGGGUAAAACUGGUAGCCUACUUCCAACCUUGAUUUUUAUAUGGAUUUUGGGUUUGGAAGGUUUCAAGAAAGAGCCAUAAAGGGCCAUGUUCUUAUAAUUGAUUUAUUUGCCAAACACUCAAUUUGAAAGCCAACUUGGGAAAGGUGGAUCUGAUCUUUGUUGUGACUUCAAGAGACGGCCAUCCUUCACUUGAGGUUCCAUUUCUGACAAAGUGAUCUUGAACAAAGUCACAUAGGAAUCCCUAGAUAUGACCCCUUUCCUUAUAGGACCACAAGCAAAAGCACCCUGUAUGUAAACACUGAUCCCUAAAGACUUGUAGUUCUUGAUUUCUGCUAGUGUAUCUUGGGGACAGCCUAUAACUCCCACCCUCAUUCAGUGGCCAGCCUGGUCUGGAACAGGCCUGAUAAACUUCCAUUCACUUGCAUCAUUUUCAUUCUGAGCCAGCAGUAUGCUGGGUAGACUUUAAAGCCCAAGAAGUGACACUUGUUUUGGCUAGUGACUUUUGAUUUUUGUCUCCAUCCUUAUUUUCUGGCAUUGUUGGCCAACUCACUUUAACAUUUUUUGAACAUUCAGAAAAAUAGCCAGACAAGGCAUUAAGGAGGGUGGAUAAAGUAGGGGAGAGGGUGGGGGGAGGAGUGCUUAUGUAGUAUAGAAAGAAUGUGGAAUUUACUGUUUGAUCAUAGUGAUUCAGUCCUUUGGAACCUUAGGAGGCUCUUGUGGGCACAUCAGUGCUACCCUUUCAGCCUCCUAUAACCCCCCCAUACCCCUCUCUUGAAAUGAAAAUACAAGUAGACCACAGUUUAAAGUAGUUAGUAUAAUUGUACUAAGGUUGAAUCAUCAUACUUGUUCACUUCCUGGUGCAUAUUUCCUAAAUAUGCUGGGAGGAAUUUGGGGGGGGGUGGUACAUUUUCAUUGUUCCCAUCGUGUGUCACCUUAUGUUUUUCUCCCUUUUGUGACUUUGGCAUCUCCUUUUAUUUGAUUCCCCAUUUUCUUUUCCCUUGGCUUUAUUGCAGUAGUCUUCUGGUGUAGGUAGAGAGAUCUCAGUGUACCUAUUCCCCUAUUACUGCUAAUUAUUUUCAAUAUUGCCAGAGGAUUUUUUGAUGUUCUAAGAAGAUAACUUCAUUUUUUACAAAAUGAUCUUGUCCAAGUGAAAAGCAAAAUAAAAUAUCCCCUGUACUAGGGCCCCCAUUUCAACUUUUGAUAUUGCCCUUGUACUUUUAUAGAUACUCUUUUUGUCUGUGUUGGUAGUAACUAAUGACUAGUGAAUGUUCGUAUAAAUGAAGCAAAUAUUUCACAUUUUAUUAAUCUCUCAUAACCCUGCCAAAUCUGAUGGUACAAUUUUAGUUAUUUCCCAAAAGACAUUUCCCCCCACAUCUUUUAUUGUAUUCCCUUCUAUUUUUAGAGUAACAUAUAGGUAAAGAAACUUUAACUGCAAGGAGUUAAUGGUUUUUAGUGCUCACUGAUAAAUGAUGUUAAUUGACAAAGGAAAGUCUGUCAUUGUUUUUUCCUGUGUUAACUACUCUGUGCUCUUGACAGUGUGUUUAGUGGAUAUGUAUUUCUCUUUCUCACUCCCAGAUUGCAAAUUCCCUGCCUUUUUGGCCCACCUCACUAUAAAAGCUCCAUAGUUUAUUAAUGUAAGUUUGAAUGGAUGCUUCCUAGGGGAAACUGUGGGAUUUAAUGGAAGUGCUUUGGAAAGGAAUGAGAAUGUCUCUGGAGUUGUUCUGUGAUGGAAAUUGGUCUGUUGUUAAUGCUGAUGGAAAGAAACUUACAGCACUUAAUAAAACUCUAUUCUUUUAGUAAAAAAAAAAAACCUGUGAAAUAAUUUUGGUUGUGUGAAGUUUUAAUUUCUUCUCCCAUUUCUGGACUCAUUUUUGCAAAUGGGGGGGGAUAUACUUGUCUCAAUUCAGAAGUGUUGUUAAAGAUUUAGGAGCCUAUUUUCAGUUGAAUAUAAGGACAAAGUGAACCAAUAAAAAUCAUCAAAGGAAGGGCAUAGUUAGUUUCCUGCUAAACUUUACUUGGGUGGACUUUUUUUUUCCUAGAUGUCUCUCAUUUUAAUCAGAUUCAGUUAUAUGAUAAAUUGAAAGGUACAGCAAUUGCUUUAUGCCAAAGUACAAGAGGUAAGUUUAAAAUUGGGAGUAGAAGUAAGGUCUCAAUGCCAAAACUAGUGCUUUAGUGCUUGGCCAUGAAAUCAGCAAAAGUUAAAAUAACUUCCUUAUUGUUUGAAAUACCUGUAUCAUUUCUCUUCCAGCUAGUGAGCAAGCCAGGGGUUUGUUGCAAGGACAAUAGAUAGAGAUUUCUGGAAAAAAACCAACAUGGUGCCAUUCACAGAUAAGACACUUGGAGCUUCUCCUACAUUACUAAAUAGACCUUCUGGAGUCCAGCCCUGUAAAGUGUUCAGAUGAGCUCUGGUGUGCAGUGUCAGUAUCUGAACAAUUUUUAUAAGAUGUUUGGCUUUAAAUUUUAGGCCUCAUUCUGUUGACUUGGCCUACUGGAAGGACUCUGGCUCUCCAUGAAAUGUCAGGAAAAGAUACAAAGAGAGUCUUGGUGUUUCCCUCCUAACAAACACAUAUAACCCCACACCCAAUCCAAAAAAAAAAAACAUCUCUACCACUCAUGUAAUCCCAACUAGCCUACCUUAAAUUCAUGAAUCUAUCUCAGAGUUUCACACCUUUCUUUUUUUUCUCACAUUACCUAUUCCUUUAAUCCUUUCUUCCCCUCCUCCUUUUUAAUCUUAGAAACCUUACUUCCAUUAUUCAUAUCCACUAGUUUAUGAUUACUUUGCUUUAUCAGUUCAUCUGUUUUGAUUCUUUAUUAUAUUUGUAUGUGAAAUCGUUCAAUAUUUGUCAUUCUGGCUUGCUUUGCUAUACAUAAUCUCUUCAGAUUCCUUCUAUUUUGCUGUAAAUGGUAACAUUUCAUCUUUCUUUAUGCUAAAUAGUAUUCCGCUGGGUGACUAUACCAUAUUCUCUUAAUCUGAUCCUCUUAUUAAUGGGCAAUUUAAUUAUUAUUAAAUUGCUUCCAAAUGUUGGAUCAUACUGUAUAUCCAUUUUUAGUUUUUAAAGGUAGGUCCAAACCACUUUCCAGAAUGGCUGUACCAGUUUACAUUUCUACCAGUAAUUUAUUAGGUUUCCUUUUGCUCCAUAUCCUUUUCAGCACUUGUUAUUGGAGGUCUUUUUAAUGUAUACCAAUCUAACAGAUAUGAGAUGACAUCUCAUUGUGGUUUUUGACUUGCAUCUCCCUUAUUAGAAGUAGUCAUGUGCAUUUGUUCAUGUUAUCUGUUGACCUCUUUGGUAAGUUAUCUUUUCAGAUCUGCACAUUUUUUAAUUGGGUUACAUGGUUUUUUGUUAAGUUGGAUGAGUUCUUUGUAUACCUUGGCUAGCAACCGCUAUUGGUUGUGUGAUGUGUGAAUGCCUUCUUCCACUCAGCAGAAUGUCUGCUUAAUCUACUUAAAUUUUCCUUCAUUGUGUAAAGCUUUUUAAUUUGCAGGAGUUUCCAAAGACACCUCUGUCAUUGAUGUCGUGAAACAUCACCAGUGCUUUCUUCUGUAUAGUGUAUUGAUGUGGGUCUUAUAUGUCUUUAAUCAACAUUGAAAUUAUUUAUGCAUGGAGUUGGAAAGUGAUCCAAUAUAAUUCUUUUACAGGUGGCAAUCCAGUUUUCCAAACACCAUUUGUUAAAGAGACUUUCUCCACUGUGGUUUCUUAAUCAUAAAUUAGGUAUUUAUGUAUGUGUGGAUUUGUUUGUGGGAUUUUGGUUGUUUUCCAUUUAUUCAUGUCUCUUUUUAAAUUACUACUGCUUUAUAAUAUAGUUUAAAAUCAAGUAACAUGAUGCCUCAAUUUUCCUUUUUUCCCUCUGGAUUGCUUUGGUUAGAGUCUUUUAUGGGUCCAUUUACUUUUGGUAUUGUUUGUUCCACCCUCUUGAAGAAUGUCAUUGGUAUUUUAAUGGGAAUUACAUUGAAUCUAUCUAUAUAUCACUUUUGACUAUUUUACCAAAAGUGAUGUUAACUAUGUUGAUUGUCCCCAUUUGUGGGAUUUCUCCAUUUCUUUAUGUCUUGUUACAUAUCUUUUAAUAGUGCAUUAUAGUUUUCACUGUAUUAAUCAUUCAUCCCUUUAGUUAGGUUAAUUCCCAGGUAUUUAAUGCUAUUUGAUGCCAUUGUAAAUGGAAUUCUUAAUUGCUUUUUCUUCUUAGCUGUAUGUAAAGCAAAAAUACACACACAUCACAAAAAUAACAAGAUAAUGUUUUGUAUUUUAAUUUCUAACCUGCCACUUUACUAUAUUCAUUUAUUAUUCAUAGUAAAUUUUUGGUAGUGUCUUUAAGGUCUUCUAUAUGUAAUAUAUCAUCUGCAUUCUUUUUAUUUCUUGUUGCUAUCUGAUUACUCUUAAAACCUCUAAUACUAGAUUAAAGACAAGUGGUAACAGUGGGUAUCCUGGCCUUGUUCCCGAUCUUAACAAGAAUGCUUUCCCUUUUUUACUUUAGUAUACUUUUAGCUGUGGAUUUAUGAUAUAUGGCCUUUAUUAUGUUGAGGUAGGUUCCUUAUAUUGUUAAGAAUUUUUAUCACAAAUUGAUGGUGUAUUAUCAAGUACUUUCUCUGCAUCUGUUGAUAUUGUAAUAUGGUUUUUAUCCUUUCUUUUGACUUAGUAUAUUACAGUUUAUUAUUGUGCAUAUAUUGAACCAUCCUUGCAUCCCUGGAAUAAAUUCCACUUGCUCAUGGUAUAUGAUCUUGUUAAUGUAUUGUUGUAUUUGGUUUGGUAGUAGUUUAUUGAGAAUUAUUGCAUCAGUGUUUAUUAGAAAUACUGUUUCCUUUUUUUGUCCUGUCUUUGUCUUGUUUUGGUAUUAGGAUAAUGUUGGCAUCAUAGAAUGUGUUAACAUGUGUUCCUCUUCUUGGAUUUUUGGAAUACUUUGAAUAAAACAGGCAUAAAUUCUUUAAAGUGUUUUUAAUUAUAUAUAUUUUACAACAUUGUUCACUUUAUUUUUUUUGCAGUAGUUUAUUCAUAAUAGCUCAAACUUGAAAAUAAUCCAGAUGUCCAUCAAUUAGUGAAUGCAUAAACAAAUCGUGGUAUAUUCAUACAAUGGAAUACUUCUCAGCAAUAAGAAGAAAUGAACUACUGAUAAAAUAACAAGGAUGAAUCUCAAAAACAUGCUUAGAGGAAAAAAAUUAGACAUGAAAAAUAUACUAUAUAAUUCUAUUUCUAUAAAAUUCUACUGCAGACAAGACUGUUACAAAAAGAAAUUAGUGGUUACCAAGGACAGAGGCAGGGUGGAGGUUCAUGGCAAAGGAGCAAGAGGGAAUUUUGUGGGGUGAUUAAAAUGUUCUAUAGCUUGACUGGUUAUAGAGGUGUAUUCAUUAGUCAAAAAUUAUCUGUGUAUACUUUAAAUAAGUAUGUAAGUUAUACCUCAAUAAAGUUGAUUUUAAAAGUCAAAAAGAAUUGAUCACUAUGUCAGUCCUCAUCCUUUUUGCCAUGGUGUCCAUUUCUUCUUUGCUUUGCUCUGUGUUGUUGAGUGUUUUACUCUUUUAGGCUGUAUUCACUAGGUUCCUUCAACUACUUAUUUCCACAGUCUCAUCACAUAUGUGUGCUUUGACACUAGUCUUUGGGUUCUUGUUCUUCUGAGUGUUGUGACCGCUUCCAGGAAUUCAACAAACCUUGUGUUUUCAAUGAAUGAGACGUACCAACAACAGCAUCUCUAAAUCCCUGAGGUGUGAUUUGAAACAGUAUUGUAGAUUCCUUCUGACUUGAUGAUUUGUACAAUGU